AAAAUGCAUUGGAAUAAGUCCAGCUGACCAUUUAUGUAUGACUGAAAUGCUGACUUGACAUUGUUCUUGUCUAAUAAUUUGCAGUAAUUUGUUUUAGUCUGUUGCAGAAUGCAAGGCGACCUGUUUUCCAUUUCAUUCUAACAUAUUUGGAAGAAUGAUUGAUGGAGGGAGAGAGUGGUGGAGAGACAGAGGGGGGGGGGGGUUAAGCCCAUCCGGAGGAAGAAGCCAAGAAGCUUCGGCAAUUACACUUGCCAAAGCGGUUCCGUUUACCCAACAGGCUUGGCUUUUCCAACAUUUAGGACUCUGACUUUGACCGUCUUGCGCGCUUUCGGAGCUACGACGGCUCCGCGUCCCCCUCCGUCCGCGCGCUGUCGGCCAGGCGCCUGGAGAUCCGGGAUUCUUCUGAACUUAACCGGCAGUAGCGGCAGUUGUUUGGACCGGUUCUUUUUCAUAGCAGCGGAUUUACAAAACCUGCACCCCCUCUACCCCUCCUCCUCCUCCCGAUCGUUUUCACGGAACCGCAAUGAAAUUCAGCACCCUGGACAGCGACUGAUCCUUUCGGAACCCUGGACAGAGACUUAACGAGGCUGUGGAGAGGCUGGCAUGUGGCAGGAGGAGGUGGAAGGGAUGGAUCCUCAGUCCAGAGUAAGAGCCUCCCCCCGAGGAAGCCACCAUCAGACGCAAGGCCUCACAGGCCGUUGACCCGCUGUCUCUGUGAUUUAUGGCGGCAAGGGGCCCCUGGCCACUGCAGACUCCUCUCCCUUCUCUCCUCUGUUUCUCGACACACACGCUGCAGGACUGUGAGGAGACGCACACACUGCGCCAUCGUCAAUGGGAGCAUCCUGAGAGGGAUUCCGCGCGUAUGCUGAACUGCAGUCCCGGCAUCUCCACAUUCUACUCUGACUCAUCCAAAAAUAAACGUCUCCAUAAACGUUCCCACACUCCCACACCCUGUCCCACCACCCCAUCACAAGUGCAUUAAAGCAAGCUUGCUUUUAGAGCAUUCUCCAUUUGACUGUGUGGAUUACAAUCAGUCAUGGUGUGUCGAGUGUAGAGCUCUCGUGUAGCUGCUGCUGAGAGGCAGAGCUCGAUCAAUGGAAGUGUGCUAAGUGAUGAGAUGAUGCUCCUUUUUUCACGUGGCCUGAAAGAAAUCAGCAGCCAGCAUCUGCACGCACAUGGCUUUGCCUCUACAACACGUUAGUCCUCCUCUCUGAGCGAUAAGGCCUCUGACUACAGAUGUUAUUUUGAUUUUGGAUGGACAGUCGCACCCUUAAAAACUCUCAAACAACUUUUUCUUGUACCUGGAAAUUUUGAAAUACAUAAUUUCUACUCGGUUUUUGGUGUUGUUUCAAGCUGUGACCUAAGAGUGAGAGCCUGGAGGUUCCCUCGCCAUGGUGUUGCCACCCCCAGACAAACGCCACGUGUGCCUGACCACCAUUGUCAUCAUGACCAGCAUGGCCUUCAUGGAUGCCUACCUGGUGGAGCAAAACCAGGGUCCGAGGAAGAUCGGUGUGUGUAUCAUCGUGCUUGUGGGGGACGUUUGUUUCCUCAUCGUGCUGCGGUACGUGGCAGUGUGGGUGGGAGCGGAGGUGCGCACAGCUCGGAGAGGAUACGCCAUGAUCCUAUGGUUUUUGUACAUCUUUGUCUUGGAGAUCAAGCUGUACUUCGUCUUCCAGAAUUGCAAAGCUGACAGGAAAAGUCUGGAGACCGUGGCACGAAAAGCUCUGACAUUGUUACUAUCGGUGUGCGUACCGGGGUUGUACUUAGUUUUAGUAGCGCUGGAUAGUAUGGAGUACGUAAGAACUUUUAGGAAGAAGGAAGACAUGAGAAGUCGUUUGUUCUGGGUGGCCCUGGACCUGCUGGACUUACUGGACAUCCAAGCCAACCUGUGGGAACCCCAACGAACGGGCCUGCCCAUUUGGGCAGAGGGCCUGAUGUUCUUUUACUGCUACAUCCUGCUGCUCAUCCUGCCCUGUGUUUCCCUCAGUGAAAUCAGCAUGCAGGGGGAGCACAUGUCCCCUCAGAAGAUGAUGCUGUACCCGGUCCUUAGCCUGGUCACCAUAAACGUGGUCACCAUUCUCAUCCGUGGAGUGAACAUGGUGUUGUUUCAGGACAGCCGCGUAUCCACCAUCUUUGUCGGCAAGAACGUGGUUGCAAUCGCGACCAAGGCGUCCACCUUUUUAGAGUACCGCAAGCAGGUGAAGGAGUUCCCCCAUCCGCAGAACGCGAUGGCCCUAGAGCUGCAGCAGAACUCUGUCAGCCACACUCAGCCACUGCCCAACGCCACCAGUUUGCCACAUGAACCCUCGCCUGCGCAGGACGUUAUUGACACAUGACCGUGACACGUAGGAGGAUAAGGAAAAGCCCAGUCAGCUGCAUGACAGGAGGACAUUCUGUUCUGGAAAGGUUUAUGUGAACUUCUGUGAAACCACAGAAGACAUUUUUAGCAUCACCUGCCUGUCAGAAAACGCUGUAAACCUGCAGCUGACUCUGAGGCUCAAAAGUCCAAUCCAAGAUUUUUAACUUUGCCGUUUUAAUUGUUUCAGCUGUUUUAAAGGUUCAGACUUUACAAAGAGACAAUCCUGAAACUGUGAAGCCCAGUGACAUUUUGUUGUGUAAAAUGAAAAGUUGGUUCCCCUUCAGUGAGUAACUUGUAUUUUUUAAAGGUCACUUUUUUGACAGUGCUCCUGUGGCAUUUCCUUUGAAUUCCAGCGCCAAAAGACAUACCAGUCAGCGUGAAGCAAUGAUGAAGGGGCACUGCAGGGAUCCCCGCUCAGAUGCCUGACUCUUGUCACUCUCUAGUGACAAGAUCAGUCAUUAUGUCUGCUCUCCGCACUGGGCAGCAUCCGUUUGUAGCUUCUAGGUUUUUGUUCUGCUGAGAAAGGAGCUCUGCUGAAAGCUGCUGCCUCGGUCACCGCGAGGCUUUACAAUCAAAGAUCUGAUGAAAGCAGCAGUGCACAGCACUAUGCCGUCCACUGCCGGCAUCUGGGCGAGUGUUUUACUGUUUGCUGGUGUGCGGGCUCCUGCUUCUACUGAAGCGUGUGUGCUUCAAUUCAUCGGUCCUUUCCAGUUGUUUUGGAGCAAAUGCACCUGAAGGGUGUUGAGAUCUGCAAAGGAGGGAAGAAAUAUGUAGAUGUCAAAAACAAACCAAGACAAUGUGAUGAAGAUGCUUUCUGUUUUUGUUUUCUGUACUGUACAUUCCUCUAAACUAAAAAAGGAGAGAUCAGAUGAUGACUCAUGGAAGAAAUAACAAAAUAACAUAUAUUAAAACAUGGAAAAGCUUAUUAUUAUUAUUAUUAUUAUUAUUAUUAUUAUUAUGUACAGUCUUUACAUGUCAAAGCAGACGUUUUAAUAAAACUAUGAAUAA